AUGGCUGAAAUCGUUCUUUCUGCAUUAUUGACAGUAGUCUUUGAAAAACUUGCCUCCGAAAACUUGAAGAAGAUCGCUCGCUCCACGGGAGUCGAUUCUGAGCUCAAGAAAUUGAAGAGGUCACUAGACCAGAUCCAAGAUCUGCUUAAUGAUGCUUCUCAGAAGGAAAUAUCUAAUAAAGCUGUUAAAAGAUGGUUGAAUGGUCUCCAACAUUUGGCUUAUGACAUACACGACCUACUUGAUGAUUUGGCAACCGAAGCUAUGCAUCGUGAGUUGACUGAGGAAUUUGGAGCCUCCACCAGCUUGGUAAGAAAGCUAAUUCCAACAUGUUGCACAAAUUUCUCACUAAAUACUAGGAUGCAUAACAAGUUAGUUAAUCUUACCAUUAAGUUACGAGAGCUGGUAGAGGAAAAAGAUAAUCCUGGUUUAAGUGUGAAAGGUGAAAGCCCAAAACAGACGAACAGAAGAUUACAGGCCUCUUUGGUAGAUGCAUCUAGCAUUAUUGGUCGUGAAGGUGAUAAGGAUGCAUUGCUCCAUAAGCUACUGGAGGAUGAACCAAGCGACAAAAACUUUAGCAUCGUGGCCAUAGUUGGCAUGGGUGGGGUAGGUAAGACCACUCUAGCUAGACUUUUGUAUGACGAGAUUCAAGAGAAGGAUCACUUCGAACUCAAGGCGUGGGUUUGUGUUUCUGAUGAGUUUGAUAGAUUCAAUAUAAGCAAAAUUAUCUUCCAAUCAGUAGGUGGUGGAGACCAAGAGUUUAAGGACUUAAACCUGCUUCAAGUAGCUUUAAAAGAGAAGAUCUCAAAGAAACGGUUGCUUCUUGUUCUUGAUGACGUUUGGAGUGAAAGCUAUGCCGAUUGGGAAAUUCUAGCACGUCCAUUUCUUGCAGGGGCACCGGGAAGUAAGAUUAUCAUGACGACCCGGAAGCUGUCGUUGCUAACCAAGCUCGGUUACAAGCAACCUUACAACCUUUCCGUUUUGUCACAUAACAGUGCUCUGUCUUUAUUCUGUCAGCAUGCAUUGGGUGAAGGUAACUUCGAUUCACAUCCAACACUUAAACCACAUGGCGAAGGUAUUAUCGAAAAAUGUGCCGGUUUGCCAUUGGCUUUGAUCGCACUUGGGAGGUUGUUGAGGACAAAAACAGACGAGGAAGAAUGGAAGGAUUUGUUGAAUAAUAAAAUAUGGGAGUCAGGUAAGGGAGAUGAGAUUGUUCCGGCUCUUAAACUAAGCUACAAUGAUCUCUCUUCCCUUUUGAAGCAGUUGUUUGCAUACUGUUCCUUGUUCCCAAAAGACUAUGUGUUUGAUAAGGAAGAGUUGAUUCUGUUGUGGAUGGCAGAAGGGUUUUUGCAUCAAUCAACCAUAAGCAAGUCGAUGGAACGCUUGGGCCAUGAAGGUUUUGAAGAGUUGUUGUCAAGAUCAUUUUUUCAACAUGCACCUGAUGACAAAUCAUUGUUUGUGAUGCAUGAUAUCAUGAAUGACUUGGCAACAUCUGUGGCAGGAGAUUUUUUUUCAAGGUUAGACAUUGAGAUGAAGUGGGAAUUUAGGAAGGAAGCUUUGGAAAAGCACCGCCAUUUCUCAUUUGUUUGUGAGAGAUACAUGGUUUACAAAAGGUUCGAGGCAUUCAAAGGAGCUGGAAAUUUGAGAACAUUCUUAGCAAUUUAUGCUGUGAAAAAAGAAAGUUGGAGAACAUUUUACUUAUCAAAUAAGGUCCUUGAUGACUUACUUCAAGAGUUACCUUUGUUAAGGGUCCUCUGUUUGUGUCAACUUAGUAUAAGCGAGUUACCGAAUUGA